UCCGGGACGUGUUUCAACAGAUGGUCGAGGUUGGAGGGUGUCAUCACAUCGGAGAGGGGAUUAGAGGAGAGAGGUUGUCUUCCAGGAGCUGUGUGGUCCCCUUCCUUGGUUCCUCCUUCCUUGCCACCACCAUCAAGUCCUCUAUGAGCGCAGGGAACACUCACAGGACUCCUUUUACUGCCGCCAGUUGACCGCAGUCGGGUGCUAGCAAGCGGCCUGGCCGGACCCCCAGACCCUCACCCCGACUAACCGCCCACCCGACACAAAAUGCUUCCGCUGUGGUUGUCCUGCUUGGCCUUCUUUUCGUAUCUGGCCCUGGCACCCGGUGUAUCAGCCUACGCUACCACGCGGGCGCAGAGUCUCCGGGGUCGCAUUCAGAGGGACCGCCGGAACAUACGGCCCAACAUCAUCCUCAUCAUGACAGACGACCAAGAUGUGGAACUCGGCUCUUUGCAGGUCAUGAACAAAACCCGCAAAAUCAUGGAGGACGGCGGCACCACGUUCACCAACGCCUUCGUCACUACACCCAUGUGCUGCCCGUCCCGCUCCUCCAUGCUGACGGGCAAGUACGUCCAUAACCACAACACCUACACCAACAACGAGAACUGCUCGUCGCCUUCGUGGCAGGCCCAGCACGAGCCGCGCUCCUUCGCCGUCUACCUCAACAACACUGGCUACAGGACAGCCUUCUUCGGCAAAUACCUCAACGAGUACAACGGCAGCUACAUUCCACCCGGGUGGCGCGAGUGGGUCGGCCUGAUCAAAAAUUCCCGCUUCUACAAUUACACCGUCUGUCGCAACGGCUACAAGGAGAAACACGGCGCGAGCUACGCCAAGGACUACUUCACCGAUCUGAUCACAAACGACAGCAUCAACUUCUUCCGCAUGUCUAAAAAGAUUUAUCCGCAUCGACCAGUGAUGAUGGUCAUCAGUCACGCUGCGCCGCACGGCCCGGAAGACUCAGCGCCGCAGUAUGCCGAGCUUUUCCCGAACGCCUCGCAACACAUCACACCCAGCUACAACUACGCCCCCAACAUGGACAAGCACUGGAUCAUGCAGUACACAGGUCCCAUGAAGCCCAUCCACAUGGAGUUCACAAAUUUCCUUCACCGCAAGAGGCUGCAGACCCUCAUGUCCGUGGAUGACUCCGUGCAAAAGGUUUACGAUAUGUUGGAGGAAACGGGCGAGCUGGACAAUACGUACGUUAUUUACACCGCCGACCACGGCUACCAUAUUGGUCAGUUCGGGUUGGUUAAAGGCAAGUCGAUGCCGUACGACUUCGACAUCCGAGUGCCGUUCUUCUUGAGAGGGCCAAACGUAGAACCUGGUGCUGUAAAUCCUCACUUGGUGCUCAAUAUUGACCUGGCACCAACUAUCCUUCACAUUGCCGGGCUGGACACGCCUCCAGACAUGGACGGGAAGUCUAUACUGAAGCUGCUAGAGCAGGAAAGGACCGGAAAUAGAUUCAAACCCAACCGGAAACCCAAAGUCUGGAGGGACACAUUCCUUGUCGAGCGAGGGAAAAUCCUGAGGAAGAAGGACGACUCGGCUAGUACCCAGCACACCAAUAGCCUGCCUAAGUACAUGAAGGUGAAGGAAACAUGCCAACAAGCCGAGUUCCAGACGCCGUGCGAGCAGCCGGGACAGAAGUGGCACUGUGUGGAGGAGAUGACGGGAAAGUGGAGGAUACAGAAGUGCAAGGGCGGAUCCAAGGAGGGUACCCGGAAGAGGGCCCGCAGCUUGAGACCCCGCAGCAGCUACGACACCCAGGAGAGGGGUUGCGAUUGCUCCGACGCACUUUACAAAGCCUCCAGGAUGGAACGGCGGUCGCACCGACAAACAUCUCCUGGCCAGCGUUAUCGUCCCCGUUUUGUCCACACGCGGGCCACCCGAUCCCUCUCUGUGGAAUUCGAGGGCCAGAUCUACGACGUGGAUCUCCAGUCCGAUGACCAAAGCGCCGUACGCCACCGUUCCAUCGCCAAACGGCACUACGAACCCGAGCAAGAGCCAGACUUCGACGCGGACUCCAACGAUGAUUCCGAAGAGAUGCUUGCGGACGACACUAAUGCAGUUGGGUACCCCAAAUCCUUAAAGGUCACCCACAAAUGUUACAUCCUCAUGAACGACUCAGUCCACUGCGAGAGGGAAAUCUACCAAUCGUCCAGAGCGUGGAAAGACCACAAGAGCUACGUAGACCAAGAGAUCGAAGCACUUCAAGACAAAAUCAAAAAUCUAAGGGAAGUUCGAGGACAUCUGAAGAAGACGCGGCCGGAUGAGUGCGACUGUGGCAAGAAAAGUUUUUACAUGAAAGGGGAUAGAAGCAAGGCAGACAGAAUGAAGAACAGGAAUGAUCAUCUACAUCCAUUCAAGGAAGCGGCACAUGAUCUGGACGGAAAGGCCCAGCUGUACAAUGAAAUCCGCCGUCGCAAAAAAGAGCGGAAGGAGAAGAAACGAUUGAGGAAGGGCGACGAUUGCAGUCUGCCGGGCCUCACCUGCUUCACGCACAAUAAUGACCACUGGCAGACUGCCCCCUUCUGGACAUUGGGUGGAUUUUGCGCAUGUACAAGCUCCAACAACAAUACGUAUUGGUGCCUGAGGACCAUCAAUGAGACCCACAACACGCUCUUCUGCGAGUUCUCCACGGGGUUCCUCGAGUAUUUUGAUCUCAACAGUGACCCCUACCAGCUGACCAAUGGCGUGUACGAAGUGGACCGCGACGUGUUGAACUCCCUCCACGGCCAGCUGAUGGAAAUGCGGAGCUGCCAGGGUUACAAGCAGUGCAACCCCAAACCCAAAGGCUCAGAUGCAGCGCACUAUGGGACGGACGACAGGGUUAAAUUGCCCAACCUGACGGACGAGGACGUCAACUGGCAGGGACUGGAAGAUCUGUACAGCAUCAACGAAAGCCUUUACGAUUGGAGGCCCGACUACAGCCCGGGACCAGACGAUUGGGCCAACUUCCGCAAGGAUGUGGACCGCAUCUUCGCACCGCCACCUCUUUUCAACCAAUCCCGCCAGGCCCCGACGCUCGACGACUCCGCCCCAGAUGAGCUGGGCUCUGGGGGUGAAGCCUUUGAAGGGGGCAGUGGCGAAGACAUCUGGUUCGGGGGCCUUCUCCCUGUUGCUGUCCGACCUUACCCUAAUCAGCCAAAACCAGAUCCGGUUGUCAACGAUCUUCCCGAGAGGCGGACCGUCCGACCCCAGGCCAUCUUUUUCGGCUCCCACUUCAUGCCAACGCACUCAUCCGAACCCCUGCAGAUGAAACUGGAUGCUGUCGCCAACGAGCUUUCUGAGCGUCAAACAGACAGACUGCUGGAAGUGAACGGGCAAUCCCAGGGUCUCUUUCCAGGGGGCGUCCUUUCCGAGGGUAUAUUAACCAUCCCAAGCCGAAUGCCAACACGCUCAACUGAACCCUCAGUGCCAAAGAAACCGGUUUCUCUUGUCAACGAUCUUCAUGAGAGUCAGGGAGUUCUACACCAGGUGCCAGAGGGGUCACGCCAAGACAUCUUGUCCAGUCAUAGCAUAAAAACAACACUUCCUACCAUACUUACAUUGAAUAAGAACCUACAUCCUAUUGUAAACAACCUUCUUGAGAUGCAAACAAACCAGCCCCAGGUGCCACAAGGUCGUCCCGAGGUUGUCCCCUUGCCCAGUCCAGUCCCCAGCCUUACGUCAACACCUUCAUCCCAACCAUCUCUGAGGAAGAAACUAGUUCCCAUCACCAACAGUCAAACAAACCAGCUCCAUGUCCCAGAAAAGCAACCCGAGGUUGUCCUCUUGCCAAACCCAGUGCCCAACUGUACGUCAACACCUUUACCUGAACCAUCUCCCAGGAAGAAACCAGUUCCCGUGGCCAACAAUCAUCCUGAGAAGCAGAAAGACUUUCCUCAGGUUGUCCUCUUGCCCCGGGUGCGUCAGAUGGAAGAGCUGGACGGGGACGUGUUCAGCGGUGAAGGCCCAACCGAGCUAGACACGCGACACGAUGCCCUCCUGCGCACUCAUAACAGCCUGGAGCACCAACCGACUCACAUAGAGGGCGCCGCCCCUGGCCCUAUUCAUUACGACGAGGCAGACAUUUUCCAGGACCAAGGCUUCCUUCCCUUGAAUCCCAACGUGAGUCCCACCCACCAACUUGCCCCGCCCAUUCAAAGCUCCGUUGUCCCGCCCCUCGCGUUGGGCUUCGAGGGCAGCGGCUCUCUGCCUCAACCGAAUGAUCCGCAACUCUGACAAGACACAUGACUGAUACGUCAGUCAUUCAGACUUGUACAAUGACUUUGAAAGUUAUUUUUUUACAUUAUUAAUAUUAUUAUUAUUAGCAGUGUUAUGAUUUCUUUAAAAAAAUAUAUAUAUAUAUUUAGAGAAAAGCCUUAAUGCAGCUAAGUGUUGGGAUUGAAAUGGAACAAUUCCAUGCAUUUCUUUAAGGAGUGUGAGUGCGCUCCACAGAGGUCAGUGAACGCACCGUUUUGUGGAAGAAAAAAAUUACACAUCCUGAAUGCACUUUGGAGCUUCUUUUUUUUUUUUUUUUUAAUGCCCCUUUUGAAAUAUGUUGAAUUGCUACGGUACGAGAGAUUGUUUUUUGCUUGUUUUCUUUUCACUGGUUUAGCUCACAAAAUGUUGAAUUUACUUUUUAAACACUUGAAAUUGUGUGAGGGCGUGCAUGCGGUUUGGAAGGUUCACUGUCCCAAAAUCAUCAAUACAUUACGUUCAGCAAAACCCCUUGAUCGGAUUAACAGACACAACAAAACUUUACUGACAUUUGUAAACUUGUCAUCAUCAUAAUUCUUAAAACUUGGUUUUCCGGUGAUGAUAUAUAAGCUAAAUUCAAUUGUUUUUGCACAUCGGUUUGUAGUGGAUUGUGAGUGAGUGAGCGAGUGAGCGAGUGAGCGAGUGAGUGAACGAACAAACGAACGCUGGUUGCAGGAAAGCCAUGACAAUAAAAACCUCUCAACCAUCCCA